GGUAUCAGUAAGCUGGUUACUGCAUAGUAGCAGUUGCAGUUGGCCAAAUCUGCAUAUAUUUGGCUGGUGGAGAAAUGCUAUGUGUGUCAUAGGUCAGAGGCAGCUCAUAAUGCAAAAGGUUUAUUUGUGGUCCUUAUUAUUGCUCCUCUACUUAACUGAGCCAGGAAGUUGCUAGCUUUUAAAUGGGAAGUGCUAAAGUAAAGGUAGUUUCAUUUUCUAGUUAGGAGCAAUAAAUAACAACAAAAAUAUUUCUUAAUUAAAUUAGGCAAAACGGAUAUUCAGCACAAGCCCUGCUCCUUGAGUUCAUUUUGAAUUACUUGUUGUCCUGUUAUUUUAGUAUCUGCCUGAAUGACAAUUGACCCUGUAACUUUAUGUGGAAUAGUCUAUUCUGCUCUUGGAGGAGGGUAAGCAAAUGGAAGAGCAGAUCCACCUGUGCUGCUUAAUGAUUUUCCCGUGAACUUCUAAAUGGCGUGCUCUUGUAAGUAAAUUAAAAAACCUAAAUAACAAAUAAUGACCUAAAUAUUUCCAAAGUUUUUAUCUUUUCAGAGGGAACGUGAAUUAAAUAUUUUUUUGCAUCGGGCAGUUUAGGAGUCAGCUAAUCACACGUUCAAGCCUAUGAACGACAGCCAAGGCAAAACCAGAUUCUGUCAAUAGAGGGCGCUCGGAGUAUUGUGAUAUGACUAAAAUUGUCUGCGCUUUCUUUCGGCUUAGGCAAUGUAGAUUCCAGCAUCCUAUGGCAGCCUCAAAAUGUCUGUGUGCUUCUUUCCUAGCAGAAUAGCUGCUUUUGUGUGUUUGCUCUGUGUGUUCGCCUGCACCUGGCUUCCCCACUCCCGCAGCUAUGUCAUUGUCAACUCAGUGUCCUGGUCAGUAACUAAUGAGGUGGAGGAGGAACUGGACAGUUCAUCCACAGAAGAUGCGUUGCCAGCACUGCUGGAGGAUACCAUCAGCAUAUGGAAACAAAGCUACCCAGCCUCUGCUUUCAAAGAGGACAGAGAAACGAAAACCAGGCCUGCGUCAGACAGAUCCAAGCAGAUCUCUUCUCCCUCCAGAAUGUUCUCAUACAAGAGAGAAAGUAAUGUGGGCACAGAGAGCCCCUCUCCUCCUCAAGCAGCAGUGGCCCGCCAUCAGAAAAUGGCCAGGAGUGCCAGGGUCCUUGCGCACCACAGCAAAUGGGGUUUUCUAGCCACAGUGUCUACACAGGAUUUGAUUGUAGGUGUACCCUUUGGACAUGUUCUACUCAUCAGUGAUGGCCCAAUAGAUAAUGGUACAGGUGACCCUUUUAUUUAUGCCAGCCCAAAGGCCAGCUUUAUCUCUGAUUUGCUAAAGAAUCCAGUAGCCUCGCUGACUAUUGCAGAUCUGGAUGCUGAUGUGUGCAAGAGCAUCACUGAAGAGGAUGAUCCUCAAACUGCUGUCUUGACCCUCACAGGCCAGAUGGUAACCGUGCAACCAGAAGAAGUAGACUUUGCUAAAAAAGCAUUGUUUUCCAGGCACCCUGUAAUGAGGAAAUUGUCUCCAAUUGCUGGAUGGCUGCUAAUGAAAAUGAAGACCGAGCAUGUCCAUGUAACAGAUUGUUAUGGCAAGGCUUUCACAAUUAAGAUGGAAGAUUACUACAGAGCUUAGCAUGGUGCUUCUUGAGUACUAUAAAGCAUGGUAUUAAUGGCCAUAUUUCUUUAAAAGGGAGGAAUUCACUAUACAUGUGAGGUUUUUGCAUCCAAACAGGAGACGUCCCGCUCAGAAGUAUGUUUUAGCUUCACUUCAUUAACCUGUCAGUGUUCGAUGAGGAGGAGAAAAAUAUUCUGCACUGGUCUUUGUACUUCUACAUAUUUGUAUUUCUUAAUGCAAGUGGGUGCUGCAUACUGCUUACUCUGCCAAGGUAUCUCUCAAAUAUAGCACAAUAUAGGUACAGAUGUAUUAAAGGAACAGUAACACCAAAAAAUGAAAGUGUUUUAAAGUAAUUAAAAUAU